UUCAGGUGCCAUGGCACUCGGGUCGCUGUUUGUCGUUCUGAUCCUUGGCAGUUUUGGUGUUGCUGCUCAGCGAGGAUACGAAGUUGAAAUCUAUAAGGAGAUAGACGCGAAUAGUUCCGAAGUUAAGGAGCUAAUGCUGUUCGUAGCUGAAACGAAAGAGGAAGAGACAAACAAGCAGCUCCGCGAGGUGAAGGUCACUCUUGCAGAGAAACAGGAGCUCGAUGAUGGAGCGAAUUACAAGCUGACAUUCCAGGCUCGAAUAUGCGAUACUGAAAAUGUAUGCCUUCCGCCGGAGGACGAGACCCCAGUACACUGCGUAGCAGUCGUCCAUGUGCCUUUGACGGGGGAGCGUACGCUCACAUCAAUCAGAUGUCACGUGCCCUAGUCUCAAGCCUUCUAACGGAGGAGUCCUAACCGUGUGCUCCGCUUCGAUCUCCAUUCUCGAAGCAGUAUCAGGAAAUAAAGUCUGUGACAUGAGUA